AUGGCACCUUCUCCCAGCGGACGCAAAGAGAGCUCUGAUGAGCAGUCCAAGGAUGGCUCUAGAGAUAAAGCCGGCCCCGGGGAGUCACGUGAGAAGUACCGUGGCAGGGCCAGAACUCCAAAGUGGCGCAGCGCCUCCAGUGGCGGGAGCAGCUCCAGAUCUCGGUCCAGCUGUAGCACCGGCUCGGGCACCAGCAGCGGCUCCAGCUCGCCUUCAGCAUCCAGCCGCUCGGGACGUUCCAGCACGUCCCGCAGCUCCAGCUCCAGAUCUAGCUCCAGCUCCAGCUCCAGCUCCAGCAGCUCCUCUGGCUCUUUGAGACCUUCUCGGCAUAGAAGAGGCAAGAGACAGCGGCCUCACUCCAAACAACCCGAAAGAGACGGAAAGGAAAGGAGAAGGCACAGCCUUUCCCCUAAACCCACCAAGGUGUACAUCGCAAGACUCACCAGGAACGUGACCAAGGACCACAUCAGGGAGAUAUUCUCCACCUUCGGGAAAGUCAGAGUGAUUGACAUGCCUGCAGAGAGGAUGCACCCCGGUCUGUCUGAUGCUUACGUGGAGUUCGAGACUCCAGACGAGGCUGAGAUGGCGAUGAAGCACAUGGACGGAGGACAAAUCGACGGCCAGGAGAUCAGGGCCACCGCCGUGCCGCCGCCCCGGCACCUCGGCCCUCGCAGGAGAAUGCGGUCACCGGCCGCCAGGUGGCGCAGGUCACCCUCAUGGAGGAGGAGACGGUCGCCUUCCGCUCGGCUCAGGCUCCGGUCCCGGGAGCGCUGGCGACCCCGCUGCCCUCGCCGCCGCCUCCCCCGGAGCCGCUCCAGCUCCAGCUCCUCCGGAAGGUGAGGGCAGCAACUGAGGC